ACACCUCCGAGGCGCUUAGAGCUUACGGAGUUGAAGUGAAGGAGGCUUUUGUUCUCCUGAAGUGAGGAGAGAUGAAGGGGGAGCCAGCGCCUGUCGGCACUCCCGAGCUGUUGUGGCAGGGAUGGGACUUUGACCACCUCCUUGGAGAGCCUGCUCCAGUCUUUGAGAGCCUUUUCAGUCAAGAAGACUUUUUUUCUAAUAUCCAACCUAGACCUCCCCUGAUGCAACUUGAGGACAAUUCCUCCAGUGUUACUGCUUGUUCCUAGGGAGGACAGACCAACCCCCACCUGGCUACAACCUCCUGUUUUUGGACCAGAGGUGCAAGCUGGAUAAGCAUAACACCAGUCUGAUACAGAUCUGAAACCAGAUCUGCUGCUUCACUUGUAGUUCCAAAGGGGAAAUGGAAAUACUGGAGGUGUCUCUUGCCUGACCAUCAGACCAUUUGAGGGGCAAUGCCAUGGGGGAUCCUGAAAGCACAAACAACAAGCACGUUCUUACUCUGUUUCUCUACAGCUUUGCAAUGCAGUCAUCUAAAUUUCAGGAGAUAAAGCCUCAAGUCUAUGCUGAGAUGCUGCGCAGUGUGCUGUGGCGUUCAGGACACUGCAGCUCCUGGACACAAGAGUCCCUUGCAGACCUCUCAGUGGUACCUAGAGGUUGUGAUCCUAAUGGAGAGAGCGAGAAAGCGCUUGGAGCCAUGGCAGAUAGCAGCCAUUGUUGUGUCAGUGGUAGUGGGCCUAGCCCUCAUCAUUGGAUUACUGACAUUUUUUCUGUGCCGUGAUCAGGACCGGUACUACAAUGCAUCCUUCCUGAUCACCAAUGUCAAGUACAACUCUCAGUAUGAGAGGCAGACCACAGAAGAGUUCAGGCGCCUGAGCCAAGAUAUUGAAACCAUGAUGUCUACUGUAUUCAAGGGCUCCUUCCUGAGUAAAAGGUACCUCAGAUCCCAUGUUGUCAGUCUAAGCCCAGAUCCUGGUGGAGUGCUUGCAUCUGUGCUCCUGGUAUUUAAAUUUCCUUCUGCUGACAGCGAGGCAGCGACCAGGGGUCACGUCAAUAGCGUGCUGCGCAGAAGGCUGAGAACAAUCUCCUCGCCCUUGAGCGUUGACCAGUCCACCCUCAGCCUCACAGAGCUGAACAAGGAAAAGGGAGAUAACCUUUUAAACAACUGCUGUGGGAUCCGGAGAGCAGCCUUCUCCUUCACGGGAGCAGAGAGGAUCACUGGUGGGCAACGUGCACAGGAUGGGGAGUGGCCGUGGCAGGCCAGCAUCCAGCUUGAUGGCACCCAUCGCUGUGGUGCCUCGGUCAUCAGUAACACCUGGCUGGUGACUGCGGCUCACUGCUUCAGAGGAGGAAGGGAGCCUCGCAGGUGGACUGCCAGCUUUGGGAUUCUGCUGAGGCCUCCAAAACAGAGGAGAUUUGUCCGAAGAAUCAUUAUUCAUGAGAACUACAGUGACUUCACACUGGAUCACAAGUAUGACGUGGCAGUGGUGGAGCUGGCCUCUCCUAUCGAGUUCACAAGUGACAUACACAGUGUAUGUCUCCCUGAGGCCUCUCAUGUUUUUCCACCCAACGCCUCCUGCUUUGUCACAGGCUGGGGAGCUUUGGAGAAUGAUGGCUCCAGUGUAAAUCAUCUUCGACAAGCAGAAGUGAAAAUUAUAAGUACAGCCAUUUGUAAUAGAAGAGAAGUGUAUGGUGGAGCAAUAACACCUGGAAUGUUGUGUGCUGGAUACUUGGAGGGGCAGGUGGAUGCCUGCCAGGGUGACUCUGGUGGACCGCUGGUGCAUGCAAACUCCAGAGGAAUCUGGUACCUUGUGGGAAUAGUGAGCUGGGGAGAUGAAUGUGGCAAGGAGAAUAAACCAGGAGUGUACACACGAGUGACUUACUACCGAAACUGGAUCCGCUCCAAAACGGGCAUCUGAAGGCUGCAGUGGAUCAAGGGCUGUGGGCUGUGGACAACGAUUCCUCUGGCACGUUCUACUCUGUGGUUACUCUCUCAAGAGCUGCUGGCUUAGCUUGUGGUUUGAAGGCUGGCAAGCUCAGAGUAGCCUGGGGCUUGAAACUGGUUUGGCUUACAGCCAGAUAGGAAGGGGCUUGAGCCACAUGGCAGCUGUUUGUUGAGAAAGUGCUCUGCCAAAGGGACAGUGGUGUUUGUCUGUAUUCAGUGCACUGACCCUUUUUCCUCAGUGCCCAAAUGUCUUGGCUCUGACUUAAAAGUCAGGUCAAGCACUUGAGCUCAAAUAAUCCCUUAUUGGCACCCAAGAGAAGUUAUCGCUGAAGGAUGGCCUGCCCACUGGCUCUGUGCUCUUGAUGCCUUGCUCAGCUGCAGGCCAGCUACAAUCCGGCCCCUGACUCCAAGGCUGCUGUGCUCCUGAAGUCUCUAAUGAAGAACAGAAGAUAGCUUAGAGAAAUCCUGGUUCCUGAUAUCACAUUGGACUGUUACCUAGAGGAGUAGAGAGUUUUUUCCUUGCUGUGUUGUCCUGAAAAAGGAAUUGGUGUCGAACACCAGCUUCUGCCCACCUUCUGUGAACAGCUACUCAUCACUUCACCUGAGCAGCCCCUACUGCAGCACUUGCCCUGAGAAUGGUUGCUGGACUUGAGACCAAAUCUCACUUUACUUUCGUACCAGUCUGUUAUAUCAGAGUAUUUGGCUGAAUUGAUUUCCACCUUUAACUUUCCAGAUUAUCUUGUUCUGAAUAAAAGUUCUUGGCUUUUUCUGCAGGAUGGAGGAUUCUAGCCAUCUUGGUGUGACCACUGCCAAAAACGACCCCCAAAACAUCCCAAUUUGAUUGUUCUUGUGAAUGUUGUUCUCAAGUCUUCAUAAUUUCAUCUGUACCUAUUUCAGCUGCAUCCUGAAGCCCCAAGCUUUUGUCUUAUAUUGGGAGUACCUGUCUGCUUCAAAGCAGGGCAUUACUUCUGACUGACCCAGGCAGUAAUCUGAUGUAAAGCUCACUCUCCUCUCUCAAGAAGUAGGAAUUCCCUGUGUCUCACUGCCAGACCAUAGUCAGCCCAUCUGAUCUCAACCACACUUCAGAUUGUCUCUGCCUUCAUGUUUUCAGGAGCCCCAUGCUUUCAUCUGUCAGGUAGAUCUCAAACAUUUCCUAUACCUCAGCAGCAGAACACACCUGUUCCUUGUUAGGAUACUUUCCUUCAUGUGUCUGCAGACUCUUCCCAACACUUCGUGGCUGCUGAUCCUGAGGACAGCAAGUGCUAUGGUCUUGGUUGCUAGAUAAAAAUCCACUGAAAUGGUCUCUUUCCCCUUGAUGGUCAGAAGAGAAAAAUCAGCAAAGGAAAUACCAGCCAUGCUGUCAAGACUUGGAGUUGGUCCAGCAUGGCAACCAAGCAAGAUUCUUAUGCUAGGCUGCAGUAGACAAGCAGUGGACUUUUGGUAUGCUCGUAGUUUGAUGAUGUGGGGGAAGCAGACCUUCAGUGAUUCCAAUCUUAGGAUUAAAGUGUUGUCCUAACUGAGUAUAAGUCAUCCAACAGUCAGUGGCAGUUCUGGGGACCCUCUCUAAAGUGGGCAGCUUACUGCAACUGCUGCCAAAUAGGAAGCAAUCCAUGGAGUUAGAAGUAUCCUGGUUGUGUCCUGUUAUCUGACUGGUGCCACUGCAGAGAGCCCUGCUUUCCUAGAGCCCCACUGGAGCUGCUGGGGUUACUAGGAUGCUCAGGAAACAUCUUCAUGAAAGACAAGAGUCUGCAGUUGUCUCCUGUACUUGUGUGUAUCAGGAAACCUGUCACUUCUCAGGGAACUUUUCUUGGGGAAUGUUGUGAGCUUCAAACCCAGAACUUGGUGGCUUAAUUUCUGUCUAGGGAGUGAGAAGCGUCAGACUAGAUGCCAAGGUCUGAGCCUAACAAACCUUACUUAAGUCCCCUAAACAGGACAUGGCUUUGAUGUGUAUUGCUUGCAGAGGAAGCUUUCAAGUGGUGUGUGAGAAAUAAAUAUGAUUUCUUUUCA